AUGGAGGUAUUACCAAAGAAAGGAAAGAAGGCGUGUACUAUGUGCCGCCAGCAAAAGGCUAGAUGUGAUGUCUGGCGGGAUGAGAGUGUACCUUGUUCCCGAUGCCGCAAGCGCAACCUCGAGUGCACCAUAGAUGAUAGCUUCACAAGAGAGCACAAGCGUCGCCGAUACAUCGCACUAGAGAACGAGAAUGAGCAGUGGCGCCGACAACUGCAGACUUCCCAACAGUUCAACCCCGAUUCCGUGCCGACUGCGUUAUCCACAGCGGCAACGGAACUGGUAGUGCCGGCCGUGCUGAAGUCGGAUGCUCAGUUGGACGAUUCGCAGGGUUUGUCGCUGGCCUAUCCCCAAUAUCAUCUUGCACCAGCCGUCCCCACACCCGGUUUGUUGAUGGGAGGAAAUGAUCCCACAAAGCCCCGUUCACUGAACAGCGUUACCGUCACAGGCCCAGAGAUUGACGACCUGUAUCAAUUGUUCUUCCGCCACUAUGCCUCGUUCCUUCCGAUCCUCGAUGUGCUGACCAAGCCCAAUGUGUACUACGCGCAGUCUCCAUUCCUGUUCUGGGCCGUCAUCGGUGUCUCCAGUCGGUCAUACUCCCGAAACCCGACUUUGCAGACGGCACUGGCUAAGGAGGUCACGGAAAUGGCACUUUUGUCGGUCUUGUCGACUUGCGCGCCGUGGUACACCAUACAGGGACUGUUGCUCCUGCUGACGUGGCCGUUUCCAAAGGAGAAUCGCCCAGAUGUGACAUUCCCUCUAAGUGGAAUGCUUUUGCAUGUAGCGAUGCAAUAUGGUUUCCAUAUCCCAAUGUCGAGCCAUGAAUUUUCCCGAGUGAAGAUCCCGGUGUCAUCGGACCUAGAUAUGGUCCGACGUUCUGAGCUCUGGGCCCAUUGUGUCGUAGUCUAUCAACGGUCUUGUGUGAUCAAAGGGCAGUCCCCCCGAAAUCCGGUCAGCUUAGCACACGAUACCAUCCAACGCCAGGUGCUCUUUGAUAAGAUUGCUCCACACCUAGUUCAGAAACUCAGAUGCCAGGAAGUCGUUGGGAAAUGCAGCGAGGCAGUUCUGGAGAAUGGAGUUCGUGCCAUGUCUCUGGAUCAGGAGCUGGCUUUAGACAUUUUGCUGCGGAAGUUUGAAGGAGAGGUAGACGAUAUUGCAUCGCAGGGAGUAAUCGACGACGAGAGGUAUCACCUUAUCCUUUGCCGAAUGGCAAUUCAAAGCUUCCAUUUCUAUAAAAAUCAAACACUUGUCUCCAGUGGAUGCCUUCCACGUCUUAUUGUGACCGCCUGCAACUUGAUAGACUAUGUUCAAGCGUUGGCGGAUCGUAUGGGAUCUCUCUUCAUGGCACCUGUUCAAAUAAGCUUCGGUCUACUCCUAGCUUCGGUAUCGCUGUUGCGGAUUCUGAAAAGCAAUUAUGACACCAGCGCACUCGAUACAAACCGUGCCCAGGCCUCUUUCUUCGCUACCAUCAAUUUGGCCAAGCGAAUGUCCACCGACAGAAGUGAUACAGCUGCUAGAAUGAUCACGGUCUUGAAUCAACUCUGGAAUAGCAGCAAGGCAUUCCGCAAAGCCGAUGGCUCGGAACACACGGUGCUUCGAAUUCGCAGUCGCUUGAUCCUCAGUCAAAUAUUGGAUGCUGUCUGGUGGUGGCGUGAUGAAUAUGAUCCUAACGCGCGCACCAGAAUUCAAGGGACCGAGUACGUUGACGGGCCAUCGUCCCAACCCAGUAUGCUUUCGAGCAUCGAGGCAGGGCGCGCUAUCAUAGGAACAGAUCCCACUCGGGAGCCCACGGGUGGGAUUCUUCAGAAUGCGGCUUCUCUGCAAGGAGAGUUCCAGAUCAACGAGGAUUACUUCACCAACUUUGAGUGGCUGAGUGAUGAAAUUCUUUCAUUUCCCCCGGAUUUGUCGUUAGCAAACAAUCUACCGUGA